CCGCGCCCCGGGGCCGGGGCCCCGCCGCCGGCCCCCCGCGCCCCGGCCCCGGUCCCCCGGGCUAUGCGGCCUCGGCUCCGCCGGCGCCUGCCGCGCUCCCGGGGAGAUGAGGCUGCGCCACGGCCCCGUCCUGACGCUGCUGCUCUGCUGCCUCUGCGCCUUCCUCUCGCUCUCCUGGUACGCGGCCCUCGGCGGCCAGAAAGGUGACCUGGUGGACGCGUACCAGCGGGAGUUCCUGGCGCUGCGGGAGCGGCUGCACGCGGCCGAGCGGGAGAGUCUCCGGCGCUCCAAGGAGCUCAACCUGGUGCUGGACGAGAUCAAGCGGGCCGUGUCGGAGCGGCAGGCGCUACGCGACGCUGACGGCAACCGCACCUGGGGCCGCCUGCCAGAGGACCCGCGCCUGCGGCCCUGGAACGCCUCCCGCAAGCACGUGCUGCACCUGCCCACCGUCUUCCACCACCUGCCGCACCUGCUGGCCAAGGAGAGCAGCCUGCAGCCCGCGGUGCGCGUGGGCCAGGGCCGCACCGGAGUGUCGGUGGUGAUGGGCCUCCCCAGCGUGCGGCGCGAGGUGCACUCGUACCUGACGGACACGCUGCGCUCGCUCGUGUCGGAGCUGAGCCCGCAGGAGAAGGAGGACACGGUCAUCGUGGUGCUGAUCGCCGAGACUGACCCCCAGUACACCUCGGUGGUGACAGAGAACAUCAAGGCCCUGUUCCCCUCAGAGAUCCAUUCUGGGCUCCUGGAGGUCAUCUCUCCCUCCCCCCACUUCUACCCUGAUUUCUCUCGCCUGCGCGAAUCCUUCGGGGACCCCAAGGAGAGAGUCAGGUGGAGAACCAAACAGAACCUCGAUUACUGCUUCCUCAUGAUGUACGCGCAGUCCAAAGGCAUCUACUACGUGCAGCUGGAGGACGACAUCAUCGCCAAGCCCAACUACCUGAGCACCAUGAAGAACUUCGCCCUCCAGCAGCCCUCGGAGGACUGGAUGAUCCUGGAGUUCUCCCAGCUCGGCUUCAUCGGGAAGAUGUUCAAGUCCCUGGACCUGAGCCUGAUUGUGGAGUUCAUCCUCAUGUUCUACCGGGACAAGCCCAUCGACUGGCUGCUGGAUCACAUCCUGUGGGUGAAGGUCUGCAACCCCGAGAAGGACGCGAAGCACUGCGACCGGCAGAAGGCCAAUCUGCGGAUCCGCUUCAAGCCGUCCCUCUUCCAGCACGUGGGCACCCACUCCUCGCUGGCCGGCAAGAUACAGAAGCUGAAGGACAAGGACUUCGGGAAGCAGGCGCUGCGGAGGGAGCACGUGAACCCGCCGGCCGAGGUGAGCACGAGCCUCAAGACGUACCAGCACUUCACCCUGGAGAAGGCCUACCUGCGCGAGGACUUCUUCUGGGCCUUCACGCCGGCCGCGGGCGACUUCAUCCGCUUCCGCUUCUUCCAGCCGCUGCGUCUGGAGCGGUUCUUCUUCCGCAGCGGGAACAUCGAGCACCCCGAGGACAAGCUGUUCAACACGUCGGUGGAGGUGCUGCCCUUCGACAGCCCCCAGUCAGACAAGGAGGCCCUGCAGGAGGGCCGAGCGGCCACUCUCCGGUACCCGCGGAGCCCUGACGGCUACCUCCAGAUCGGCUCCUUCUACAAAGGGGUGGCGGAGGGCGAGGUGGACCCCGCCUUCGGCCCGCUGGAGGCACUGCGCCUCUCCAUCCAGACGGACUCGCCCGUGUGGGUCAUCCUGAGUGAGAUCUUUCUGAAAAAGGCUGACUGAGUGGAGGGCUUCUGACAGGCGGCUGUCCCCGGAGGCCCAGGCGCGCCCGCCCCAGCCGGAAGGGCUCUGCCUGGCGCACGGACCCGGGGCGCUUGGGGUGCGCCGCUGGCCCGGAGGCCCCAGGAGCUGGUGCUGCCCGGCCGCCGGGCCGCAGGAGGAGGCAGGCGGCCCCACACUGUGCCUCAGGGCCGGCCCCCGCCGCCCGGAACCGUUCGCGCCCGGCCAGCCUGAGCCAGGCCGUUUUCCAAGAGCUUUUCUCCCCGGACGCCCGGCGCUGUCCCCGGCGCGAACACUGGAAUGCAUAUACUACUUUAUGUGCUGUGUUUUCUAUUCUUGGAUACAUUUGAUUUUUUCACGUAAGUCCACAUAUACUUCUAUAAGAGCGUGACUUGUAAUAAAGGGUUAAUGAAG